AUGGAGCAGGUGGUUUUAUUCAAAUUGAUUCAAAUAUUUACCCAAUUUAUUAAAAGUCAAUCAAAUAAUCAAAUUUAUAUUAAUCUUGAUGAUAUUCGACAAAAUAUAAUUCUUCCAUCAUCACAUAUUAUUUGUUAUAGUCAUGAAAAUUCUUCGAUGUAUCAUACGUUUAGUGUAGUUAUUGAACAAGCUCAAUCAAAUUAUGAAUGGAAUAUGAUUCGUCGCGGUCGUAAUAAUGAUUUAUCAAAAGUUUGCCGUCUUCGAAAAAAUAAUGUAGGUCGACAAUUCAUUAUGGCAACGAAACGACAAGGUGGACUUGUUAAUCAUAAUAUUCCUUGUCUUAUUUAUUUACAAUCUGAUCGUCAAAUUAUUUGGAUUCCAAGUGAAACAAAAACUCAACGAAUAAUGAAUAAUGAUGAACGACUUUAUCUUAAUAUGAUUGUUCUUUAUCAUGGAUUUUGGAAAAAUAUCUUAACUAAAAAGAAACAAUGGUAUUUAAAAGAAAUUAAUAAUUAUGAUAAAGAAAAUAUUAAUGUUGAAAUAUUAUUUGCGGAUGUGGGUGAUUAUAACAAAAUCAGUAUUGAUUAA